AUGGAAAAUACUCAGAAUUACGACUGUGAGGAGAACCUCACUGAAGAAAUCUUGGAUGAAGAAGUUUCUAGUGCCAAAAUUAAGACUUCUACUAACAUCAUAAACAAUAUGACUAAUACUAAGUUCAAAACCAAAUUUUCAAAGUUAGCAAUUAGUCAAGAUGACAGCAAGCUUAAGCCUAGCUCAAGUUGCCAGCUACUGAAGCCUAAAGGAGCCAAGGUGUCUUCUAAGACUACUAAAGCUUACAAUAAAAGCCAAAAUAACUCUGAAUCAUGUUUCUCGUUAACAGGAAAGCUUGAAUAUGACAUAAGUACUCUUCUCAAACAGGCAAUUCAGAUCCGUAAAAACUCAGCAAACUUGUCUCACAGCUCAGGAUCUUCCUUCGAUGCUGAUAACUCUGAGGAGGACGUUGCUCCUAUCAACGAGAGCAUUGUAGUAACCAUGGCUGAUGUUCAGAAGGCCUAAUACUACCUAAUUAAACUUCUUAACCCCUAUUAAUCAAUGCUAUAAUAUAUUU